UGGCACAUGACGUUCGCAAAAUUUUGGACAGAGUCGGGGAUUCCAAAUUAAUUCGCAAGAUAUCGUUUUUAACUCAUUGACACAACGUAGAAAAUUGUGUUCCACGUUAAAUUCUUAGUAUUAUCGCGCCAACGGCUCGUUCAGCCCAUCAUCAAUCAUGCCUAAAUGCUCGAAAGUUGAUGUGAAGGAGAGCCAAGAUGCAACUUGCUAUAAACGUCACGUAAGCAUGUGUAAAGACGAACGGAAACGCUGCAUAGGAACGAUGAUUUUAACUUCCCUGACGAGCGAGGCAUUCGUCACCCGUUACGAUAAAUUGACAGAGCUCAGCGCGCAGCUCGCGACCAACCUCAGGAUUUCCCAAAGCCUCCAAUUCAAAAGACUGAACACGAGGUGCAAUGGGGAGAUUGUAUCAAGUGAAAUCAAAGGACAGGUCGCAUCUAAUCUUCCUCAUGAUGCCGUGCAAGAUAAUACAAUGCAUUUCACGCAAGAGGCAAGCACAUCUCAGACUUCUCAGGAUGACAGAUCGGAAGGGAAGCACUCUGGUGCUGUACAAAAAUGUCAAAACUCUGUGAAAGAGAGAACGGAGGUCGAUGAGAACGCAAUAGUCUUGGCAAAUAAUGAAUGCAAGACUGAAAAUUUAGUUACAAAUCAGGCCAAUACUCAUAAUAACAAGAGAAAACGCUCGAGAUUGAGGAAAAAUACAAAAAAUAAUGCAGAAGUGGAAAACAAUUCAAGUGUAGGGAAUAUACAGAAAGAAAACUGUGGCACAGAUGAAAUAAAAACCAAUAAUGAAGGGAAGAAAAUGGAAAAAGUGUUCAAGAAGCUAUUUUCAAAUUACAUACCAGUGCCAAGAAUGAUGAAUAUUUUAAAUAAACAAUCAUCAUCCCAUAAUGUACAAUAUAUAAAAGGGCACAUCCGUAUAAAUCCUUUUUGUAGAUAUGCCUAUUUACAUAUGGAUAAUGAGGAACGCGAUCUGCUAAUUGUUGGUCUACCAAACAGAAAUCGUGCUUUUGAGGGGGAUCUAGUUGUGGCAUGUAUACUCCCCGAAAAAUACUGGCACAAGUGUGCCGAUGGAGAAAUACAGAAGACCGGUAAAGUUGUUUGUAUAUUGGAAAAAAUGCAUUCGAGAAAAGCAGUCGGAUAUUUAAAGAAACAGGACUCGCUCUUUGUAUUUUACCCGAGAGAUCAGAGGAUACCACUAGUUGAUAUACUUCCUGAAUCGGUGCCAUCUUUGUAUCAUGAUCAGCCAGAACUUUAUAAGAAUAUAAUAUUUUUUGUUAAUAUUGAUUUCUGGGAGCAACUACAUGCAUUUGGACGGAUUAUUUCAAUAGUGGGUAAAAGUGGAGAGAUAGAUACAGAAUUAAAAGCAAUAAUACUUGAAAAUAAUUUAGAUGUAUCCCCAUAUCAUGAAACGCUGUUAAAAGGACUCCCAGGUAGUGAUUAUACUUUAACAGAGGCUGACAUGAAAAAUAGAGAGGACUGGAGACACGAAUGCGUUUUUUCCAUAGAUCCUCUCACAGCUGUAGAUAUAGAUGACGCCAUUUCUUGUAAAGUCUUGGAUAAUGGAAACUACGAAAUCGCUGUACAUAUAUCGGACGUCACGCACUACUUAGAAUUUUUCUCUCCAUUAGAUAAGGAAGUUCUCAAGCGAGCUACCACUGUUUAUUUACCACACAUGACUUCUCAUAUGCUACCGGAGCAACUAUGUAAAGUUUGUUCCUUACUGCCUGGAAAAGAUAGAUUAGCCUUUUCCGUAAUUUGGGAAAUAACGCUGAAUGCCGAAAUUAUAAAGCAUCGUUUCGCAAAAACUGUGAUAAGAUCGUGCUGUCAAAUGUCUUACGACUCGGCUCAAAUCAUGAUUGAUAAUCCAGACAAGUCCUGGCCUGAAGAUUUUCUCGAAAUAAAGGGAGACUACACAGUAUCGUUAUUGUCUGACAUAGUGAACAAAUUAUUUAAAUUAUCCACUCAAUUGCAAAAGAAACGAUUUGUGCAUGGUGCACUCAGAUUAGAUCAACCGAAAUUACAUAUACGUUUAGAUUUUACGAAUAGUCAAGAACAUGGGAUUCCGAUACCUGUGGACUAUUGUACGUACGAAAGAAACAGUAGCAACAGUCUUAUAGAGGAAUUGAUGCUGUUAGCAAAUAUGACAGUCGCCGAGAAAUUAUUCAACGCAAUUCCUAAAAUGGCUUUAUUACGUAUUCAUAAAGAACCAUCCAAGCACUGUCUCAAUACGGUCUAUAACAUAUUGCAAAAGUAUGGAAUUCAUUUGAAUAUUGAAACAGCUGGAGCCUUACAAGCCAGCAUCAGUCGCUACGAACCAGAAAAUAAUUUCGUUGCUGUUGAUUCUAUGAAAUAUAUUAUGAUGGUCAUCAUAAACCUGUGUUCAAAGUCUAUGACACGUGCAGAAUAUAUAUGCGCAUCUACUACUUCACCGUACAAUUUAAAACACUAUGCAUUAAGUGUACCUCUUUAUACGCAUUUUACCUCUCCCAUUCGAAGGUAUUCUGAUUGCGUAGUUCAUCGCUUGCUCAGUGCAACGCUCGAAAAUAAGCCUUUACCCGAGAAGUGGACGGUUAAGUUGUGUUCCAAGUACGUUAAUGCGUUACGAAAGCAGAAUAGAAUAAAAUUUACUUCGAUAAACUUUUACUUACUUCCCAUUUUCCACAGGAUUGCAACCAAUUGCAAUGUAAAGAAAUAUAGUGCGAAACUAGCUCAAGAACAGAGCACGGAGGUGUUUUUCGCGUAUAUGGUAGGCCUUGCAGGCGGCUUUGAAGCGGCAGCUAUUGUAAUGUGCGUGAGAGAAGACGGUAUAGAGAUUAUUCUCUGUGAUACUGGCAUAAAGUUAAAAAUAAGUCUUAAGGACAUAGAAUACGUUGCCACAACGAAGUAUUCCGCAAAUGAUGUCCCAACUAUAACUGUUAAUUGGAAGGAGCCUGCUAUUGUACAGAUAAUUAAUUUGUUUAGCAUGGUGCGUGUACAUGUAAACAAAAUUAGUGAAGAAUUGCGUCUGAAGGCAACUCUUCUACCACCGUCCCAACAGUAGAGGUUUAGUUCAUUUGUAAUUGACUAUUUAUGAUUUGAUAGAAUUAUUACAACGUAUGACAAAUUUUCUAACAAUUAGAAAAUAUUAGAAAAUUUAUGAAUAUUCAUGUAUCUCUGUAUACAUGGAAAAAUAUAGCAAUUUGGAGGAUUAUUAAAUUACAAUUAUUGCAAUUAAUAACAAUAUAGAAACCGUCAAAAUUUCCGCUGCACUCUAAGAUUGCAAUAAAAUGAAUUUAAACCGUUUUAAUCACUAAAAGCAAAUGUUGUUACUGUUUAUAAUGGAUAUUUUUUAUCAUGUAUUUUUAAUACUGUAUUAUUAUUAUAUCAUUAUUAUUGAAAAUUAUAUAUAAUCAUUAUUAAUAUUAAUAAUUGUUAAUAAUGAUUAUGUAUAAUGGUUAUAUCAUUAUCAUUAUUAUUCAUAAUAAUGAUUAUAUAUUUAUAUAUAUGUAUAUAUAGAACAUUAUUAAUAUAUUUAAUAUAAUAUUAAAUGCAUUAUACUUAUUGUUAUUACUGAAAAUCUUAGAUGCAGUGACGGGGGUUAGGAAACUAUACAUAGUCCAAUUUUUAUCAUUUAGAUGAGAAAUUUUAUACAAUGAAAUUUUACAAUAUAAUCCUCCAAAAUAAUCAAACUAUUUUUUAUAUUUUUAUCUAGCAUUUGUGUAUUAUUUAUGAAGUAUUAAAAAGUGACUUCAUUAAUAAGAUCACACAUUUACGUAAAUAUUAAAUGCUGUAUAUUUUUAGUAAAUAAUGAGAAUUUGUAAAAAGGAAUAAUAUAUAUGCUCUUUUAUACUAGCACGCAUCAUACACUUUCAUAAAUAUUAAAAUACGUAUAUAUAUAUAUAUAUAUAUAUACGUAUUUUAAUAUUUAUAAUAUAAAUGCUAUAUUGCAAAUAAUAUACCAUUUUCUUAUAAAAUAUUAGUUUAUUGGAAAUAUGUUUUAUAUAUACAUGUAUAUACCGUAUCAUCGGGUAUCUACAUGUGAUUUGCGCAUAAAUUAGAAACAAUUGAUUCUCAUAUUCGAAUAAAAACAAAAAUUAACGACAAAAACAUAACCCGUAGACGAAACUUCAAUUUGCACAUAAACACAAUUGAAGUUAUAAUAAAAUAUCAGAUUACACUAAAUUUGCCGCUAGUCAAAUGUAUGUAGAUUUUAUAUAAAUUUGAUUAUCUACAUAGAGAUCGAAAUAAUAUUCUAUAUUAGAUAACAA